AUGUAUGACAAGGACGAAGUUCAAGGAAGGUUAUACACCGAAGUGAAUACAUUUGGCAUUGGUCUUGUUGUACUUUUUUCACUGAUCGUUGUGAUUCUACAGAGGAACAAAUGGACGCAUGCUCUAACAUCGCUCCCACCGGGGCCAAGCGGGUAUCCGCUGAUCGGAUGCUUAUUGGACGUCGACGACAAACUACCGAUGACGUUUAUGCGAUGGGCAGAAAGGUACGGGUCUGUAUUCAGUGUUAGAUUGGGGGUAACGACCGUGGUGGUAUUGAAUGGAUACGAAGCCCAUAAAGAUGCUCUAAAGCGCGUGGAGCUGGCUGGAAGACCCACGUAUUCGUUACUUAGGAUGAUACUAGGGGACCACGGCAUUGCAGCACAACAGUACAACGACGAAUGGCGGGAGCAACGCAACUUUGUCGUGGAAGCUUUUCAUCGUCGUCUGGGUAACCAACUGCUGGAAGACCGCAUCCAAGAAGAAGCAAACGCCCUCUGUAACGCGUUGCUGGACGAAGUAGGAAAACCGAUUAGCCUGCCCCGACACCUGCAAAAUGCUGUGGGAAACGUGAUUAGUUGCCUAUGUUUUGGUCGCAGGUUUGAAUAUAGCGAUCCUGUUUUACAAAAUCUUCUGCAGAUGUUCGACGAAUUUAGUGAUAAUGUUGCUAGCACCUCGGUUGUUGAUUUUUUCCCUUUUCUGCGGCAUGUCGCAACGCCUGCGUACAAGCGAAUCUACAAACCAUACGACGCCAUCUUGAAUUAUGCGAAGAAAGAGAUUCAGGAGCACAAGAAAGAUUUCGUCAAGGAAACCCCGAAAGAUUUUAUCGACGCUUUUCUCGCGAGAAUGGAAGAGGACAUCAUUUCCGGUACACGAAGCUCAUUCACACAUAACAAUCUUUCACAAGGGGUGUUUGAAUUGUUUAUCGGUGGAAUCAAUACGACUUUUUUCACCCUUACGUGGAUGUUCUUAUAUAUGAUAAAAUACCCGGAUAUUCAACGCAGAGUACAAAGUGAGAUUGACAGCGUUCUUGCCGAAGAUGAAUUCCCAAAUAUGCGUCAUAAAGACAAAAUGCCUUACACAGAUGCGUGUUUGAAGGAAAUAUCCCGUCAUGCAAGUGUCGCCUGGAUGGGCGGCCCACACGAGGCGAUGACAGACAUUGAAUUGAAUGGUUACGUCAUACCCAAAGGUACAACAAUAUUUAUGAAUAUCUGGUCAGUGCAUUAUGAUAAAAUCCAUUGGAAUAAUCCUGAGGAAUUUCGACCUGACAGAUUUUUGGAUGAAAAUGGUCGAGUGAAAACAAUAGAGGCAUACAUACCAUUUUCUAUAGGGCGGCGAGAAUGCAUGGGUAAACAACUAGCCAAUAUGAACCUGUUUCUCAUAUUUGUUUCACUAUUGAAGAAGUUCUCAUUUCAAGAUGUCGAUGGAGAUGACAACCUACGUCACGUGACUAGUGGAAGUUUUGGUCCUGUUCACGUGCCACCCAAAUAUCGUGUUACUCUGUUUCCUCGCAAUUAGUCUGCUGAAUGCGUCGUCUUCGGCCCUCGCAUGUACAAAGAAAUGUGAUUUUUUUUUCUGUUUUAUUUUCAAAUAUUUUAAUCAUUACGCCUUUUAGAUAAGAAACAGAGUUAACAUUUUUUCAUUUUCUCUCUUGUUGACGUGCGUGGACUUUGGAUCCUUGGAAAAUGAUGAAAACCUGCAAUCCAAUUUACUAGAAAAUGAAAUAAUAAAUCAAAUCUUGUAUAAGCGGGAAUGUUUUGAUGGACACAUUAUUUCAACUGCACAUGACCACGUGAACACUUUGUAUACUUCCAUCUGUUAGAGUAGAUAGAAAUUUAACAGCCAACUUUGGCAUUUCUGAAUUUUGGGUUAAAACACAAUUCAUCAUAUAAGUAAUUGCAAGUUUUCAAAUGCAUAGAUUCCAAGAAAAAAGCAAUAAGACUAAUGCAAACA